UCCGGUUGCAACCCACGGCGCCGUUUUACUGCAAUAAAUUGCGAAUUGCUAGUUCCAUUUCUUCUUCUUCGACCACUACCAGUGUCAGCUGAAGCCUCUCUUCUAGCCAAGACUCACACUGCAGCACGCUGUCAAGUCUAGGGUUCGGACUGUAAGACCAAUACCCAUACGCACAGACAGAGUAGAUAGAGAUGAGUGUAUGGAAUUAUGUGGUGACGGCUCACAAGCCGACAAAUGUUACUCAUUCCUGCGUCGGCAAUUUCACCGGUCCGCAGGAGCUCAAUCUCAUCAUUGCGAAAUGCACCCGAAUAGAGAUCCAUUUACUCACCCCUCAAGGUUUACAGGCUAUGUUGGAUGUACCAAUUUAUGGGAGAAUCGCCACGCUAGAGCUUUUCCGCCCACAUGGAGAACCUCAGGAUCUCCUCUUCGUAGCUACAGAAAGAUAUAAAUUCUGUGUUUUGCAUUGGGAUGCUGAGGCUGCUGAGGUCAUCACAAGGGCAAUGGGGGAUGUUUCAGAUCGAAUUGGUCGCCCCACAGACAAUGGACAGAUUGGCAUAAUUGAUCCAGAUUGCAGAUUGAUAGGACUUCAUCUAUAUGAUGGAUUAUUCAAGGUCAUUCCAUUCGAUAACAAGGGCCAGCUCAAGGAAGCAUUCAAUAUUAGGCUUGAGGAGCUUCAAGUUUUGGAUAUCAAGUUUUUGUAUGGCUGCCCAAGGCCAACCAUUGUUGUACUUUACCAGGAUAACAAGGAUGCUCGUCAUGUGAAAACAUAUGAGGUCACUUUGAAGGAUAAGGAUUUUGUUGAGGGCCCAUGGUCUCAGAACAAUCUUGAUAACGGGGCAGACUUGUUAAUCCCUGUGCCACCUCCUCUUUGUGGUGUCCUAAUUAUUGGUGAAGAGACUAUUGUUUAUUGCAGUGCCUCAGCUUUCAAGGCAAUCCCAAUUAGACCUUCUAUCACAAGAGCUUAUGGUAGGGUUGAUGCUGACGGUUCUCGCUACUUACUCGGGGAUCAUAAUGGCCUUCUGCACCUACUUGUCAUAACCCAUGAAAGAGAGAAAGUAACUGGACUCAAAAUUGAACUCUUGGGGGAAACGUCUGUUGCAUCGUCAAUUUCAUAUCUUGAUAAUGCUGUUGUUUUUGUUGGCUCAAGUUAUGGAGAUUCACAGCUCAUAAAGCUUAAUCUUCAUCCGGAUGCAAAAGGUUCUUAUGUAGAAGUUCUUGAAAGGUAUGUCAAUUUGGGGCCAAUUGUUGACUUCUGUGUGGUUGACUUAGAGAGGCAAGGUCAAGGUCAGGUUGUAACUUGCUCAGGAGCCUACAAAGAUGGUUCUCUUCGCAUUGUUCGCAAUGGGAUCGGGAUAAAUGAACAGGCAUCUGUAGAGCUUCAAGGAAUCAAAGGGAUGUGGUCGCUACGAUCAGCUAGUGAUGAUCCUCAUGAUACUUUCUUGGUUGUAAGCUUUAUUAGCGAGACACGUAUUUUGGCGAUGAAUCUUGAGGAUGAAUUGGAGGAAACUGAGAUAGAAGGUUUUUAUUCAAAUGUCCAGACAUUAUUUUGUCAUGAUGCUAUUUAUGAUCAACUUGUGCAGGUUACUUCGACCUCGGUCAGAUUGGUGAGUUCUACCUCUAGAGAGCUCCGGCAUGAAUGGUUUGCUCCAGCAGGGUAUUCAGUCAAUGUUGCCACAGCCAGUGCAACUCAGGUUUUGUUGGCUACUGGUGGUGGCCAUCUUGUCUAUCUAGAAAUUGGUGAUGGAGUGUUGACAGAAGUGAAAAAUGCUCAACUGGAGUAUGACAUUUCAUGCCUGGACAUUAAUCCAAUUGGUGAUAAUCCAAAUUAUAGUCAACUAGCAGCAGUGGGAAUGUGGACAGAUAUCAGUGUCAGGAUAUUUUCACUGCCUGACUUGAAUCUUAUUACAAAGGAGCACUUGGGAGGGGAAAUAAUUCCACGAUCUGUACUUUUAUGUUCCUUUGAAGGAAUAUCAUACUUGUUAUGUGCUCUUGGAGAUGGACAUCUUCUGAAUUUUGUGUUGAAUACAAGUAAUGGUGAGUUGACAGACAGGAAAAAAGUUUCUCUCGGAACCCAACCUAUUGCACUCCGCACCUUCUCAUCAAAGAAUGCAACCCAUGUUUUUGCUGCUUCUGAUAGACCAACUGUCAUCUACAGCAGUAACAAGAAAUUGCUUUACAGCAAUGUAAAUUUAAAAGAAGUCAGUUAUAUGUGCCCCUUCAACUCUGCUGCUUUCCCCGACAGCCUUGCGAUUGCUAAAGAAGGUGAACUAACAAUUGGCACCAUCGAUGACAUUCAAAAGCUUCACAUACGCUCUAUCCCACUUGGAGAGCAUGCACGACGUAUAUGCCAUCAGGAACAGACCCGGACGUUCGCCAUAUGUAGCUUAAAGUAUAACCAGUCAAGUGUGGAAGACUCAGAAAUGCACUUUAUCCGCCUAUUAGACGACCAGACUUUUGAGUUUAUAUCAACUUACCCACUUGAUCAGUUUGAGUGUGGUUGCUCCAUUCUUAGCUGCUCAUUCUCUGAUGACAGUAAUGUCUACUACUGUGUUGGAACUGCAUAUGUAAUGCCAGAAGAGAAUGAACCUACAAAAGGCCGAAUACUAGUUUUUGCUGUAGAAGAUGGUAAACUUCAGCUAAUUGCUGAGAAGGAAACUAAAGGGGCUGUUUACUCUCUUAAUGCCUUCAAUGGGAAACUGCUCGCUGCAAUUAAUCAGAAGAUUCAGUUGUAUAAGUGGAUGCUUCGGGAUGAUGGCUCUCGUGAGUUGCAAUCUGAAUGUGGUCAUCAUGGGCAUAUACUCGCCCUUUAUGUACAAACUAGAGGAGAUUUCAUUGUUGUAGGUGACCUGAUGAAAUCAAUAUCUCUCCUGAUUUACAAGCAUGAGGAGGGCGCCAUUGAGGAACGAGCGCGUGACUACAAUGCAAAUUGGAUGUCAGCUGUUGAGAUUCUGGAUGAUGACAUUUACCUUGGUGCUGAGAACAAUUUUAACCUCUUCACUGUCCGUAAAAACAGUGAAGGGGCCACAGAUGAGGAGCGUGGUCGCCUUGAGGUGGUUGGUGAAUAUCACCUGGGUGAAUUUGUUAAUCGAUUUCGACAUGGUUCUCUCGUCAUGCGGUUGCCAGAUUCUGAUGUUGGCCAGAUUCCGACUGUAAUAUUCGGCACUGUCAACGGAGUCAUUGGGGUCAUCGCUUCUCUCCCUCAUGAGCAGUAUGCCUUCUUGGAAAUGCUGCAGACGAAUUUGAGAAAAAUUAUUAAGGGUGUGGGAGGAUUGAGCCAUGAGCAAUGGAGAUCCUUCUACAACGAGAAGAAAACUGUAGAUGCGAAAAACUUCUUGGAUGGAGAUUUAAUUGAAUCGUUCCUCGAUCUUAGUCGGAAUCGGAUGGAGGAGAUCUCAAAGGCAAUGAAUGUUCCAGUGGAUGAACUGAUGAAGAGAGUAGAAGAACUGACUAGGCUACAUUAACUCAGUUCCUGCUUGGCGGGCAGAGUCUCUGGCAUUAGAAAAGUACUUCAUCUUCUUGUUGCUGGUUGUAUGGCUAAAUUGCUGUUUAUGUAUGUCUGGUGUGGAAUCGGUUAUAUUAUAAUAGAAUGUUCAUAGGGUUGAUAUUCCAGCAUUUUGGUGGUAUGACUUUGCCUGUAUGUUCCUGGAAUUAUGGUCUGUAUGUGUCAUGUAAAUGGCAUGGGGGAUAGUAUUUGUUGGGACUUGGGAAGUAUUAUUUCAUUUGUUGGUUCGUUCUUCAUCAUCUUCUGGAAAUACAAUUACUGAUGGCUAAAGGUGAGAUGUUAAUGCUUGUU